AUGAAGAAUUCGCAAAUGGAACUUGAUCUCGAUUCGUUUCUGGUAUCGGACUCGGACUCCGAAUCCGAUUUGGACUCUUCUUCGGUUCCUCACCGUACAGUCGACGAAAUUCUCAACGCCUCCAGUUCUUCAUCUGCGUCGUCUUCUCCCCCGUCAUCUCCGCCUCCAGUUAGAGACCAAGUUAGCCGGCGGAAUCAAAACGAUCCGACUCGCCGCCUAUCUGAAGCUCUGUUAAACGUCCCGGUGAGACCUGAAUCCGUCGAAUCUGAAAUACAUCGCGGAUUUCCUCGUGUAAGCGAUCCGGCGCGGCCAAAUUCGGCUUCUUCUUCUUCUCUGAGACAGUUGCCUUUGCCGUCGCUAUUUGCAGGUUUGCGGUCGAAUGUGAAGCCCGGCGCGGCGCUUGCAGCGGCUGUGGCUGCUUCCAGAUUGGUUCCUACGCCACACGCUGCGAUCAUCAAGUCACGGAGAGCUAGCAGUGCGAGUAGCGAGUUGCUGCAGCAGGUUUUGGGCGAUGAAGAAUCCGUUUCAAAUCAAGAUGAAGACGAUCAGGAAAUUUUAUCGUCAAAUGGCCAUUCUGCUGGAGUUGCUUCUGGGUUCGAUUCGGUGGAUAAUUUUCGUCCUCUCGGUGGAGAAUCUCGUCUACACGAUGAGGAUAAUCGAGUAGCUAGUGAUAACACUGAGACCUUAGCUGAUGAGGCAAACUUAGAGCCUGAGUUAGUCAAUGCCUCCUGUAAUUUUGAUCCUGAAGGAGACUUCUCUGCAGAACAAGAGGUGCUGAGCACAGCGGAAGCCGGAAAUGCUGCUGCUGAUGGCGUCAGAGAUGACACAAUGUCUGCCGCUUCUUUGGUGGAGCCUGAAGAGACGUCAGAACAAAAGUCUCAACUUUUGAACGAUUCUGAUGAGAAUGACGAUGUUAAGGUAAGAAAUGAUGAUGACUCAAGUGUUGGCGAUGAUAAGCAUGAUGAUUCGGAUAUAAUUAUACUGGAUUCUAAAGAAGAGGGAGGUGAUGCUUUUAUUCCUGAUGAUGGAAGCUCGAUGUCUGGCAUUUCAGAGCUUGUAGAAGAGAGGAUUGGGGAGUUGGAAAAGGAAAGGAUAAGCAAAAGAGAGAAACUAAAAUCGCGAUCUUUUAGGAAGCAGCUUGUCUUGGCUGAAGAGUUUGAGAAGAAACAAGCGUAUACUGGUUUGCAUUGGGAAGAAGGUGCUGCUGCUCAGCCAAUGAGACUCGAAGGUGUUAAGAUCGGUUCGACGAACUUAGGUUACUUUGAUGUUGAUGUUGACAAUAUCAUCAGUCGAACCAUUUCGUCGCAGGCAUUCAAGCGAGACCAUGGUUCUCCUCAGGUUUUGGCUGUUCAUUUGAACUUUAUCGCAGUGGGUAUGUCCAAGGGGGUAAUCGUCGUUGUACCGAGUAAAUAUUCUUCUGAUACUGCAGAUCAAAUGGAAUCAAAGAUGAUUUGGCUUGGUUUACAAGGAGAAAGAUCCCACUCCCCAGUUACUUCAGUCUGCUUUAAUCAGCAAGGGGGUCUCCUGCUAGCUGGUUAUGGUGAUGGGCAUGUUACAGUCUGGGACGUGCGGAGAGCUUCGGUAGCAAAAGUGAUAACUGAGCACACUGCACCAGUAGUAUAUGCGUUUUUUCUAGGCCGGGAUUCUCAAGGUUCUCGUCAAUUUAAAGCAAUUACAAGUGAUACCAAGGGUGUUGUUUUUAAACAUACUUUCUCUUGGACUAUGCUAUUGAACAUGUAUUCAGUCACAACACAGUGUCUUCUCGAUGGACAAAAAAAUGGAACGGUCCUCUCUGCGUCACCUCUGCCUGAUGAAAAUUUUGGAAGCUCCUUGGUCUCUUCUAAGGGGGGUAACGCUGCAGUUCCAUCCAGCAGUAUAUCUAGCAUGAUGGGAGGUGUGGUUGGUGUUGAUUCGAGCUGGAAGCUCUUUAAUGAGGAAUCAUCUGCGGUGGAAGAAGGGGUUGUCAUAUUUGCCACCUAUCAAACUGGACUGGUGGUAAAGCUUAUUCCAAAUUUGGAGGUGUAUGCACACCUUCCUAGGCCUGAAGGGGUUCGGGAGGGUUCCAUGCCAUACACUGCCUGGAAAUCCUCAAUGGAAAAUUCUUCCAAGGAGGCGGAAGAUAGGGUUUCUUUUCUUGCCAUUGCCUGGGAUCGUAGAGUUCAGAUUGCCAAGUUGGUCAAAUCAGACCUAAAGGACUAUGCGAAAUGGUCACUUGAAAGUGCAGCUAUUGGUGUGGUUUGGCUGGAUGACCAGUUGCUGGUGAUCCCAACUGUGACGGGCCAUUUGUAUCUGUUCACAAGAGAUGGUGUGGCAAUUCACCAGACAAACUUUUCUCUGAAUGGUUCUUCAGGGAAUGACCUGAUUUCCUAUCAUACGUACUUUACCAAUGUCUUUGGAAAUCCUGAGAAAGCUUAUCACAACUCUGUGGGUGUCAGAGGGGCUUCUGUAUACAUUCUUGGCACUGGGCAUCUUAUUAUCUCUAGACUUUUGCCAUGGAAGGAGCGGGUUGAUGUUUUAAGGAGAGGAGGUGAUUGGAUGGGUGCAUUUAACAUGGCAAUGUCACUUUUUAAUGGGCAAGCCCAUGGGGUUGUUGACCUUCCCAAAACUGUGGACGCCAUAAGGGAAGCCAUAGCACCCAGUUUAGCAGAGUUGCUACUUUCCUAUGUAGAUGAAGUAUUUUCUUAUAUCUCAAUAGCAUUUUCCAAUCAGACUGAAAAAAAUGGAGCAACUCAUGAGCCAAACAGUGGAACCAAGAAUGCCGAUUUAGAGAUAGAAGAACAAUACAAUCGUGUUGGUGGUGUUGCUGUUGAAUUCUGUGUUCAUAUUAACAGGAUGGAUUUGCUUUUCGAUGAAAUAUUUUCCAGAUUUGUGGCUGUACAACAAAGAGAUACAUUUUUGGAGCUUCUGGAGCCUUAUAUUUUGAAGGACAUGCUUGGAUCUCUUCCUCCAGAGAUUAUGCAAGCGCUGGUAGAACAUUAUAGUAGGAAAGGAUGGCUACAAAGAAUUGAGCAGUGUGUUCUUCACAUGGAUAUUUCUUCCUUAGAUUUCAAUCAGGUUGUCAGAAUUUGCCGUGAGCAUGGGCUUUAUGGGGCCUUGCUCUAUCUCUUUAACAAAGGGUUGGAUGAUUUCCGGUCCCCUCUGGAGGAGCUCUUGAUUGUCUUACGGAACAGUGAGAGGCAACGGGCUACAGCCAUUGGGUACCGGAUGCUUGUUUAUCUAAAGUACUGCUUUCUUGGUUUAGCUUUUCCCCCAGGUAGGAUUGUACUUUGGUUCCACUGCAUGUUACGAUCUACAACCGGCCGAGUAUAG